UUAGGAGGGAUUUCGGAGCUUUCCAUGGCGACAGCUCCAAGGACAAACCCCCCCGAGUCCCCAUGGAGCGGGGGACAAGCGGCUGCGGCGCGGAUUCCGGGAAUUUCGGGAAAACUGGGAAUUUUUUUGAGGGGGUGCUGAGCGCAGCUGAAGAGAUCCCUCCCUCACGCCCUUCCAAAACGCCUGGAAAAAAUCGGGAUUUUAACCACCCUGCUCCCACCGCCUCGGGCAUCGCCUGCUCUGCUUUUCCCAUCGGGAAUUCUGCGGAAUUCCAGGAUUUUUAUUAAUUUUUUUUCGCCCCCAUCCCGAUCUCCGACAACCCUCGGCAAUAAAUGAGGGAUCGCCAUGCUGACCACCCUCGCCGACGGCUUCCUCUGCUGCCUGCUGGGCAAGACCCCCAACGCCGUGGGGCCGCUGGACAGCGUUGAGUCCAGCGACGGCUUCACCUUCCUGGAGGUCAAGCCCGGCAGAAUCCUGCGGAUCCGCCACAGCGUUCCCAAGGACCGCGCGGAAUUCCCGCCGGAGCCCGCGGAGGAGCCGCCGGGCCGCGGCGCCGUGCGCUGCAAGCGCCGCAUCACGCUCUACCGCAACGGGCAGCUGCUGAUCGAGAACCUGGGCGAGGCCGGGGCGCCGCGGCCGCGCAGCCCCGAGCCCGCGGAGCCCGAGGAGCCCGCCGGAGCCCCGCCGGGGAAGCGCCGCAAGCGCAAGCCCAAGAAGGUGGUGACGGUGGACUGCGAGAAGCGCAUCACCAGCUGCCGGGGCACGCACGGCGACGUGGUGCUGUUCUUCAUCCACGGCGUGGGCGGCUCUCUGGACAUCUGGAAGGAGCAGCUGGAGUUCUUCUCCGGGCUGGGCUACGAGGUGGUGGCGCCGGACCUGGCGGGGCACGGCUGCAGCUCCGCGCCGCCCGUGGCCGCCGCCUACACCUUCUACGCGCUGGCCGAGGACAUGAGGGUCGUGUUCAAGCGCUACGCCAAGAGGAGGAACAUCCUCGUCGGGCACUCCUACGGGGUGUCCUUCUGCACCUUCCUGGCGCACGAGUACCCGCACCUGGUGCACAAGGUGAUCAUGAUCAACGGCGGCGGCCCCACGGCGCUGGAGCCCAGCCUGUGCUCCAUCUUCAACCUGCCGCCCUGCGUGCUGCACUGCCUGUCCCCCUGCCUGGCCUGGAGCUUCCUCAAGGCCGGCUUUGCCCGCCAAGGUGCCAAAGAGAAGCAGCUGCUCAAGGAGGGCAACGCCUUCAACGUCUCGUCCUUCGUGCUGCGGGCCACCAUGAGCGGCCAGUACUGGCCCGAGGGGGACGAGCUGUACCACGCCGAGCUGGCCGUGCCCGUGCUGCUGGUCCACGGCAUGCACGACAAGUUCGUGCCCGUCGAGGAGGACCAGAGGAUGGCAGAGAUCCUGCUGAUCGCCUUCCUGAAGGUGAUCGACGAGGGCAGCCACAUGGUGAUGCUGGAGUGCCCCGACACGGUGAACACGCUGCUGCACGAGUUCGUCCUCUGGGAGCCCGACACGCCCCGAGGCGACGGCGACGGCGACACCAAAUGAGGGCCAGCGCCAGGCCGGGACACCGGGCCGCUCCCCCGGGAGAGGCGGAGCGCGCACAGGGCUCGGCCACGGGCCCGGUUUGUGUCCCUGGGCACGGAGCGAGGAGGCUCCCCCAGGCUGGGAUGUGCAGCGCCGGGACAGGAGCGCGGAGAGGCGGCACGGCCGGUCCCCAGCCCCGGGGACAGCGGGGACACGGCACGGCCGGUCCCCAAACCUGGACAUGUCACAGCUGGUCCCCGGCCCGGCAGGACAGCGGGGACACGGUACAGCCGGUCCCCAACCCCGGGGACAGCGGGGACACGGUACAGCCGGUCCCCAAGGCUGGGGACAGCAGCAAGAUGGCACAGCUGGUCCCCAGCCCCUGGACAUGUCACACUUGAUCCCGAAGGCUGGGGACGGCGGGGACACGACGUGGCCAGUCCCCAACCCUGGACAUGGCACAGCCGGUCCCCAGACCCUGGACAUGUCACACCUGAUCCCCGGCCACCCCAGACACGUCACACCUGGUCUCCAACCCCGGGGGGACAGAGGGGACAUGCCACCCCCUGUCCCCAAACCCCGGACACGCCACCCGCUGUGUCCCCCGCCGGCGCUGGAGCGGCUCCAUCCCGGAUUUUUGUGUCCCCAUCGUUGUGACUCCCGCACGCAGCGACAGCUCCGGGGACACCGAGAGGAGGCGGCGACACGGAGGGGACACGGGGGGGACACGGAGGUGGCACCGGGCGACACGGGAGGGUCCCCGCAGGGAUUUUUGGGGGCGAUUUUAGGGAGAAUCCGGAGGUUCUUCCGCGUUGGGAUCCGCCCGGGUUUGGGGGCUCCCUCUGGGGUUCGGCAGCUCCUGCUGGGGUGAGGAGGAGGAGGAUGAGGAUGAUUUUGAUUCCGGGAUGAUGGUUUGGGACCGUCCUGCGUGUCCCCGCUGCCACCAUCGCUCCGAGGGCCCCUCGGGGCCACCCCCGCGCCUUUCCAGAGGCUCCGACCCCGGGAUCCUCCCUCGGGAUUGCCGGGAUUCUCCGUGAUGAUUCCCGAGGAUGAUUCCCGGGGAUUCCAGGAAUUCGCGGUGAUGAUUCCCGCACGGAUCGCGGCCGAUCCCGUCCCUCCGGCUCAAAUCCCGUCGUUCCCACCCUUCCAGCCGGGCACCACCGGCGGAGCCGCCCGGGAUGUCCCCGGUGCCACCCGCAGUGCCGGGAGGUGCCACCUGUCACCCCCCACCCCAAACCCCCGACAUUUAAACCAAAGAAAGCGCCGACCCCAUGGAAACCUCGCCCCUCUUUGUCCCCAGAGUGUCCCCAGGGUGUCCCCGGCCUGUCCCUGUGCCCCACACGGGGCUGGCACUGGCACCGCUCCCAGAGGGCUCGGGGCACCCCGCAUCGUCCCCACUGAUGUCCCCAAGGUGUCCCCUGUGCCAGCCCCGCCCGCUGCUGUCUCAUAAUGAGAAUUUUACCCUGGGCUCAGAUUGUCCCCUGGCACCCCAAACCCGCCACCAAACGCCCCCCAAAACGCCAGGCGGCUGUGGGGGUGACAGCUGUGUCCCCUCGUGCCGCCACCACCGCUGCCACCGCCGUGUUCGUGUCACCCCUCCCAGUAAAGCCGUGCUGUGUCCCA